CCUAAGUAAUUGUACUUGUUAGUUGCUGUGUAUUUAAAGCAAAGAAUGAGGAAGUAAAGGCUUAUAAAGUAUAUGACUUUCCAGAAGUGAAGACGUCCACAAUGAGUUCAGGUCAUAGGACUUCCACUGGUAAUGUCUGGAUUGAUACCUUCAAUUACCUGAUUGAUGAAGAACUGGACUAUAAUGACAGGUGGUUUCUAAAUUUCAACUACAAAAUCACUAACACACUGAGCAGUGAGAAGAGAAAAGAAGGCUGGAAGAUUUCCAGUAAAUGUGCAUAUGCUAGUUUUUGUUGCUCAAGAUGCAAUCGUCAAUGGCAUUCAGCUCGUGUACUGGUCAUUUUUCACUACAGACUACGGGAAAAAAUGGAACGAGGACAUGUAAUUAUGCGCCCUUUUCGUCAGGUAUGUGAUGCUUGCAAGUCUAAUGGGGAGCACUAUGAAAUUCCAAGGUUUUCAGAAGACAAAGUAGAAGAAAUACUGCUAGGAUUACUCAGCAAAAUCAAGAAAAACUGUUAUAGAGAAGACUAUCAUGAUGAUGGCAUUGAUUCAGGUUGUUCCAAAGUGUACAGGACCAAGCCUCACAAGAGCUCCUUAUGUGAAGCUUGCAAAGAUGGCAUCUGCUGUAAGGAUGAUUAUAAUGAUUAGAUUUCCCAGGAGGAGGAGCUAUCUGCUUGUUAGCUGACAUUUUGUUUACUCAUAAAAUUCUCCUUCUGUAAUGCUACUCAGCCGUGGAAAGUAUGAUUAGAUUCAACUGACCUUUGCUGGGGCCCAACAACAGCAUGGCAGAACUUUUUGGCAACAGCCUUUGGUUCAUAUAUAGGGAAGGGCUGAAGUUUAAAAAGUUAAUUAGCCUGUAAAAAUCUUGUAGUAAUAUUUCAUCGAGUGGUACCUCUGAAUUCUAUGACUAUGAUAUGUGCUUAUUUAUACACAAUUUACAUACAGGAAGCUUUCACUCUUCCUGAAUUUGAUUUAUUAGAAUUAUCUUUGUGGGACUUGUAAAUCUCAGAGCUAAGGGCAUGUUAUCCGCUGUUUAAGCUAUACUUUUUAUGUUGCAAACACAGAGAUCUUUGGACCCAUGAUUUCUACAUCUUUAAGGUAUUUGCAGGUGCAGAGUAAGCAAUACUUUAUUCAUACACAGAUGAGAAUGAACAUUAUAUUUUUUUAAUAUCUGUUAACCUGUACCAAAGAGACCGUCAAGUGAAACUUGCACAGAUGUGCUACUGGAGUGGAAUGUAAAGUCAAAUGGUAUCACACAUUGCAAUCUUCAGGCCCAGAAAAGAUAAACUUGCUUUCAUUACUAGAGCUUCCGAGGUUAAAAAGCAUGGCUAAAAAUAACCAAAUUAUUAAUAUUUUUGUAUGUUUUAUAAAAGGGGUGGGUUAUAUUUUAUUGUUUGAUCAAAAAAUGUUUAAAUAAAUGUAUCUGUUUAUUAUUUUUUCAGGUGAUGGUGGUGAAUAGUUCUUUAUUUAAGAAAAAAAGACAUCAUGUUUUUCCUUCACAUACUCUGUUAUACUUUACAGUUUCAGAGAGCAUUUCCCUUGUUGUGUUCUUAAUACUGCCUGCAGUCACAUUACUUUUUCAAAAUAAGAACAAGUUUAUGACUUCUGCUAAAAUGUUCUAUCAUACAUUUGAGGGCAGUGGAACAUGCAGAAGCAUGAGUGCUUUGAAGACAAUUAUAACUGGAGAGUAAGGCCAGAAAAGUAAGUAGUAAUAGUACUUAUGAGGAGUAAUAAUAACAACAGUAAUAUUAAAUAAUAAAUGUUAGUAAAACAGAACUUUGGAUUUCAUGCUACAGAGUUUUUUUCUUUUUUUGUUAAACACUGUGGGA